AUGUCUAUACGUGGGGUGAUUUCACGCUCGCACCAAAAUUGGUGGUUGAUUCUGUUCGACCUCCAACCCGACAUCACCAAACCAAAGAACUUUACGAAAGCCGCCAAGAUGCAGAUCUUCGUGAAGACUCUGACUGGCAAGACCAUCACCUUGGAGGUCGAGUCCUCGGACACGAUCGACAAUGUGAAGUCCAAGAUCCAGGACAAGGAGGGAAUUCCUCCUGACCAACAGCGUCUUAUCUUCGCUGGCAAGCAGCUGGAGGACGGCCGCACUCUGUCCGACUACAACAUCCAGAAGGAGUCGACACUUCACUUGGUACUCCGCCUCCGUGGUGGUAUCAUUGAGCCCAGCUUGAAGGCUCUGGCCAGCAAGUUCAACUGCGACAAGCAGAUUUGCCGCAAGUGCUACGCUCGUCUUCCACCCCGUGCCACAAACUGCAGGAAGAGAAAGUGUGGACACUCGAACCAGCUUCGCCCCAAGAAGAAGCUCAAAUAA